GUGGACCCGAAGGAGAGUUUCCAGCCCCGUGAUUUGCUAAUCGGGGGCCGCUUCCCUUGUCCGUCCCCUGUAAUCGGGACCCUGGUUUGUGGAGCUCGGCCAGCCCUCCUGCCGGCGGACGCGUCAAGUGCACGGACGGCGCCGCGCGUUGUGGUUAAAGCCCGACUGCCUCCACUGUGAAGGCUGGGCACCGGGAAGGAGCAUCGGGGGCCUCGCUGCGGCUGAGAGAAGAGGCUGAAACUCCCCACGCAUGGCUUUUUUGUAGGAAAGUUUCCAUCGUCACUUGGGAUUGUGGACGGGACGUCGUCGAGAAUCACCUGAAGUCGCCCAGAAGUUGUACUCGCUCGGGGCGCCCGACCAUGGAGAUGCAGAGGUGGUCCACCAGGUGGAAAACGAAAAGGUGGCUAAUGGAUCCCACUCUAAGCGCGUUCAUCACUUUAGCCCUGGUUCUACAGGCGACCCGUGUCGACGCAGUGGAACCAGUGGAUGUCCUAAAAGUAUUAGAUUUUCAAAAUUACCCCGAAGGAGUGACGAAAACAUCCGGAUUUUGCACAAACCGAAGAGCUUCAAAGCCGGACUCAGCUUUCAGGGUUUCAAAGCGGAUCCAGAUCACGGCCCCCACCGCACAGCUAUUCCCUGGAGGUGUUUUCCCUGAGGACUUCUCCAUCCUGACCACGCUGCGCCCCAAAGCGGGCCUUCAGUCCUUCCUGCUGUCCAUCUACAAUGGGCAGGGAGUCCAGCAGCUGGGCGUGGAGGUGGGGCGCUCGCCGGUGUUCCUGUAUGAGGAUCAGACUGGGAAACCGGUCCCAGAGGAAUACCCCCUGUUCAGUUCCCUCAACCUCGCUGAUGGAAAGUGGCACCGCGUGGCCAUCAGUGUGGAGAAGAAGUCGGUCACCAUCAUCGCAGACUGUCAGAAGAAGAUCACCAAGGCCCUUCACAGGAGCGACCACGCCUCCAUCGACACCGGCGGCUUCACGGCGUUUGGCACCAGGCUUCUGGACGAAGGGGUUUAUCAGGGCGACAUCCAGCAACUUCUGAUUGUGGCUGAUCCACAAGCAGCGUAUGAUUACUGUGAACACUACAGCCCAGACUGUGACACCCCUCACGGCGAGUCCCUCCAGGCCCAGGAACCCGAGAACCAGUAUGGUACUGAUCUAGACUACAAAGAAUUCUAUGACUACUCUGUGGGACCCACAGACGCUGUUCCAACUGAUGAGUAUUAUGAACCACAGCUAAACAAUGUAGAAGGAGAUUACAAUACAGACAAUGACUACGGAACGGUAGAUGGUACUCAGACUCAGUCGCCCUUUGCCACGAGUGAACCUUAUGAGGCCGUGGAGGAGGAUGGUGUCGGUGCUUACGCCACCGAGGCCGCCCCCGCAGCCCCAGAGCCCGCCGUUGUCCCGGAAACAGCGGACAACCCGGACAGCGCUGCUGAAGGAUAUGACUUUAAGGAGUAUGACCUGAAGGAGUAUGACUUGGGGGAGGGAGACAACAGGUUGUAUGAUUACGGGGCGUAUGAUGAGUACGGCACGGCCCUGCCCAAACCCGCGGCGGCCCGCGAUGACGAGGUGGGGCCCGGGGUGGCCGCCGAAACCGACGAGAGCACCGUCGCUGGGGUUGGAGGAGCCUUCGGGCAGAAGGGAGAGAAGGGCGAGCCGGCUGUGAUUGAACCUGGCAUGUUGAUUGAAGGACCUCCAGGACCCCCUGGCCCAGCUGGUCUGCCUGGUCCCUCAGGUCUACAAGGACCCCCAGGCACUGCUGGAGAUCCUGGUGACAGGGGUCCACCUGGUCGCGCUGGUCUGCCUGGUGCUGAUGGUUUGCCAGGACCCCCUGGGACCAUGCUGAUGCUGCCAUUCCGCUUCGGUGGGGAUAGUGAGAAGGGUCCUGUUGUGUCGGCCCAAGAAGCCCAAGCUCAGGCCAUCCUUUCCCAGGCCAGACUGGCUAUGAGAGGACCCCCUGGGCCAAUGGGACUGACAGGAAGAUCAGGGCCAGUGGGUCUGCCCGGUGGUCCAGGACUAAAGGGUGAAAGUGGAGACCCCGGACCUCAGGGUCCCCGUGGCAUCCAAGGGCCUUCGGGACAAACGGGCAAAGCUGGCAAGAGGGGUCGUGCUGGAGCAGAUGGUGCCCGUGGAAUGCCCGGAGAGCCAGGCACCAAGGGCGACCGGGGCUUUGAUGGACUUCCUGGGCUUCCCGGUGAAAAGGGACACAGGGGGGACCCGGGGCCAAUGGGACCACCAGGUGCUCCUGGAGAGGACGGUCAGAGAGGCGAGGACGGUGAGAUCGGGCCCAGAGGACUGGCGGGUGAGAGUGGUCCUAGAGGUUUGCUGGGUCCUCGUGGUCCUCCAGGACCCCCUGGAGCUCCUGGGGUUGCUGGUGUUGAUGGGCCUCCAGGACCCAAAGGAAACAUGGGCCCUCAAGGAGAACCUGGGCCACCUGGGCAGCAGGGAAUCCCAGGAACUCAGGGUCUCCCUGGUCCUCAAGGCCCGAUUGGACCACCUGGAGAAAAAGGACCCCAGGGCAGGUCGGGCUUGCCCGGACUACCUGGAGCUGAUGGGCCUCCUGGUCAUCCUGGUAAGGAGGGACCGCCCGGAGAGAAAGGAGGACAGGGUCCUCCAGGUCCACAAGGUCCUAUUGGUUAUCCUGGCCCUCGUGGUGUGAAGGGUGCUGACGGCGUCCGUGGUCUCAAAGGGUCAAAGGGAGAGAAGGGUGAAGAUGGUUUCCCAGGUUUCAAGGGCGAUAUGGGCAUUAAAGGAGACCGGGGUGAGCUGGGGUUAGCUGGGCCCCGUGGAGAGGACGGCCCUGAGGGUCCUAAGGGGCGAGCUGGGCCCAAUGGUGAAUCAGGACCCAUUGGACCUGCAGGAGAAAAGGGUAAACUUGGUGUUCCAGGAAUUCCAGGUUAUCCAGGAAGACAGGGACCAAAGGGCUCAAGCGGGUUCCCCGGCUUCCCUGGAGCCAAUGGCGAGAAAGGAGCCAGGGGUGUUGCAGGCAAAGCUGGUCCUAGAGGCCAAAGAGGCCCAACGGGUCCUCGCGGUGGUCGAGGAAUCAGAGGUCCAACAGGAAAACCAGGCCCCAAGGGCACAUCAGGCAACGAUGGUCCUCCAGGCCCACCCGGCGAGAGAGGACCUCAAGGACCUCAGGGACCCGUGGGCUUCCCAGGACCAAAAGGUCCCCCGGGACCCCCUGGAAAGGAUGGGCUGCCCGGACACCCUGGUCAGCGUGGAGAGACGGGUUUCCAAGGAAAAACAGGUCCACCAGGCCCAGGAGGUGUUGUCGGACCCCAGGGACCCACUGGUGAGACUGGUCCUGUUGGUGAGAGAGGUCACCCUGGACCCCCAGGUCCACCUGGAGAACAAGGUCUUCCAGGUGCUGCUGGAAAGGAGGGAGCAAAGGGAGAUCCUGGACCGCAGGGAUCCCCUGGGAAAGAUGGUCCACCUGGCCUUCGAGGAUUCCCUGGAGAGAGAGGUCUACCUGGUGCCUCGGGCCCAGCAGGUCUGAAGGGAGGAGAGGGGCCUCAAGGUCCACCUGGGCCUGUUGGAUCACCUGGUGAGAGAGGCCCUGCUGGUUCAGCCGGUCCGAUUGGACUGUCAGGUAGACCUGGUCCUCAGGGCCCACCAGGUCCUGCGGGUGAGAAGGGAGCACCUGGUGAGAAAGGCCCUCAAGGUCCAGCUGGACGUGAUGGAGUUCAGGGACCUGUUGGUUUACCUGGGCCUGCUGGACCCCAAGGUCCACCUGGAGAGGAUGGUGACAAGGGAGAGGUUGGAGAACCUGGUCAGAAAGGAAGCAAAGGUGACAAGGGAGAACAGGGUCCCCCCGGUCCAGCUGGUCUCCAAGGUCCUAUAGGUGCCCCAGGCCCUGCUGGAGCUGAUGGAGAACCUGGUCCUAGAGGUCAGCAGGGUAUGUUUGGACAAAAAGGAGAUGAAGGCCCCCGUGGAUUUCCUGGACCCCCUGGUCCAAUCGGUCUGCAGGGGCUUCCUGGACCUCCUGGUGAGAAAGGGGAGAAUGGUGAUGUUGGACCUAUGGGUCCUCCUGGUCCCCCCGGUCCCCGAGGUCCUCAGGGUCCCAGUGGAGCUGAUGGUCCACAAGGUCCCCCAGGUGGUGUGGGCCCCAUGGGAUCUGUGGGUGAGAAGGGUGAGCAAGGUGAGGCUGGAAACCCAGGACCACCCGGAGAGCCCGGAACUGGGGGACCCAAAGGCGAGAGAGGAGAGAAAGGAGAGGCGGGACCCCCUGGAGCUGCUGGACCUGCUGGAGCCAAAGGGCCCCCUGGAGAUGAUGGUCCCAAGGGUAAUCCUGGUCCGGUUGGAUUCCCUGGAGACCCUGGCCCUCCUGGAGAACCAGGUGUUGCUGGAACUGAUGGCGAACCAGGGGAGAAGGGAGAAGAUGGUGAGGCCGGUCAAGCAGGACCCCCAGGUCCAUCAGGAGAAGCCGGUCCCCCUGGACCACCUGGCAAGAGAGGACCUCCGGGAGCUGCAGGUGCUGAGGGCAGACAAGGAGAGAAGGGCGCUAAGGGUGAGGCCGGCUUAGAGGGUCCACCGGGUAAAACAGGACCAGUGGGGCCCCAGGGACCUCCAGGAAAGCCCGGUCCUGAGGGUCUGCGUGGAAUCCCAGGCCCGGUUGGUGAACAAGGACUGCCAGGUGCCCCAGGACAGGACGGCCCACCUGGUCCCAUGGGUCCUCCUGGUCUUCCUGGUCUCAAGGGCGACCCUGGGUCCAAGGGUGAAAAGGGUCACCCAGGUCUGAUCGGUCUGAUUGGACCCCCCGGUGAGCAAGGAGAGAAGGGAGACCGAGGUUUGCCCGGACCACAGGGUUCUCCUGGCAGCAAGGGUGAUGGCGGUAUCAGUGGAGCUGCCGGUCCUCUCGGCCCCCCCGGUCCCCCUGGUCUGCCCGGUCCUCAAGGUCCCAAGGGAGCCAAAGGUUCAACAGGUCCUGCUGGUGCAAAAGGAGACACUGGUUCGGUUGGUCCUCCUGGUCCUCCUGGCCCACCGGGUGAGGUUAUCCAGCCCCUGCCCAUCCAGUCGCCCAAGAAGACCAAGCGCUCCAGUGAGAUGCAGUCAGAUACAGCUGGUACCAUCAUGGACUACGGCGAGGGCAUGGAGGACAUCUUUGGCUCGCUCAACAACCUCAAACAGGACAUCGAGCGCAUGAAAUACCCCAUGGGCACGCAGAACAACCCUGCCAGGACAUGCAAAGACUUGCAGCUCUGCCACCCUGAGUUCCCUGAUGGCGAAUACUGGAUUGAUCCCAACCAAGGCUGCUCAGGGGACUCCUUCAAAGUCUACUGUAACUUCACGGCCGGGGGCGAAACCUGCAUCUAUCCUGAUAAGAAGUCCAAUGGAGUCAGAAUAUCCUCCUGGCCCAAAGAAACACCCGGGUCAUGGUUCAGUGAAUUUAAGCGUGGUAAAACACUUUCCUACGUGGACGCAGACGGAAACUCCAUCAACAUGGUGCAGAUGACUUUCCUCAGACUACUGACGGCCUCAGCCAGGCAGAACUUCACCUACCACUGCCACCAGUCGGUGGCCUGGCACGACGCCACCGCCGACAGCUAUGACAAGGCGCUGCGCUUCAUGGGCGCCAACGACGAGGAGAUGUCCUACGACAACAACCCCUACGUCAAGGCUGUCUCCGACGGCUGCGCGAUGAGGAAAGGCUACGGAAAAACUGUGAUAGAGAUUAACACUCCCAAAAUCGAUCAAGUCCCGAUCGUUGAUGUCAUGUUGACUGACUUUGGGGACCCCAAUCAGAAGUUUGGAUUUGACGUCGGGCCAGUCUGCUUCCUUGGCUAAAGAACAAAACACAAAAACGAACUUGAAGGGGCCAGCAAAGAAAAGUCAAGUUGAGACGCUCUGGGCACCGGCAAAGCCCAUUUCUAGCCCCCCCGCCCCAUGCCACAUGCAAGUUUUGAAUAAGAGAUGGUGUAGCAAACACGUCUUUCCAUGUAAGCCAGGAAAAUACUCGUUGCCCUCGUAGGGCUCAAACCACAUGACUUAACCACGUUACGGAGCGAAGGUGAAGGACAUUUGAGGCGUGGCAGAGGAGGGUGGCUCGGAGGCAACCGGAGCAGGGGACGCGGGCCUCCUCUCUGGGCUCCAGGUGCUGAAAACGACUACAAUGGUGCUUUUUUCAAAACACACAAAAGUAUAAAGAGGUGCUAAGAAAGAAAGUGUAUUUUGAUUAUUAUAAAAAACUGUAAUUAUUAUUUUGUACAAUACUGUUAUUUCUGAAUCCACUUUCAAAACUUGCAUGUGUUCCAAUGCUGGGUCAAAGAUAUACAGCCUAACUUAAAGAAUCAACCCAACCCAUUUUUAAUUCUGGUGUUUUUAUGUCGUGAAGCAAAUAAACGAGCAUUCAAACCAUCCUCUCUUGCUAAAUUAGACUGUACGCCCUUUGUAUAUAUUGACAUCUUGAGGUUAUUUGCUGUUUUGCCCCUGUGAGCGUAGGUGAAGCGACUGGAAGCAUCACGCCAGCACACCUCCCACUAACGUUGUGAUCCUGUGCUAGUAGGAAGCAAUCAUGGCAUUAAUUCCCUUUAUUUAAUUCUCUUGUUGCUUUUCUGUUUUGUUUUCUGACAGGCUUUUUAAUUUCAGUUGUAUACCUCAGACUUUCUUGAUAACCCUUAAGAUGCAAGGAUGGUAUGCCCUGUAUAUACCUUGGUUAAGCAAUUAAGUUUAUAUAUUUUGGGUGGGGUUUUUUUAAAAGGAGAGAAAUACUUUAGACAUCCACUGUUCAGAUCCUUCUGUGAAUGCGAUGAGGUGAGGCCCUCCCAUGAUGUAACUAAAACAAGGAAGCGUUUGAACGGGCUUUUUUAUAGUUCAUUUGAAAAUUAAAGCUGGAUUCAGUGAA